AUGGCCGAGAUGAGUGGCCAGGUCAACAUGGUCGCGGCGCACGUCAAGGGUGUUGUGCGAUCCAAAUCGCGGCGUACGUUCACCAUCGGCGACAGCGAGAACGGCAACUCGUCCGGUGCCUCGGGCGAGACUGAGGUCCUGCCGAGCCGGUCGGCAUCGUACACUUCGGUCACGGAAGCGGUUCCAACCCUGCACAAGCUCCACUCGUCGGUCUCGUUACGGCGCGGGUUCGGCCACAAGCGUGACGGCUCGAAUGCCUCGAUGAUGAGCGCGUUCGAGCUUCCGCGCGCCAAGUCGGUCCCUUCCUCGCCGAAGACGCCGCGACGCAAGCCUCUCGAGGAGGUCGAGCACGAGGACGACUUUGUGCUGGUGCCUUCUGAGAUCCCCGAGGGGGAGGAGCGCAAGUCGCCUCUGACCCGGUCUCUGUCGAUCUUCACGCCUCGUCGUUCGCCUCGAUCGCGUUCCAACUCGCGCAGCGCUAGUGCCUCCCGCUCUUCGUCGCCCUCGAAGGACUCGCCUCCGAUGGACGAGUUUGGUGCCCCACUUCCGUCGACUGACGCACCGCGCCCAAUGUCAAGACGCAGACGCUCGAUCCGCUUCCUCGGCUUGAAGGGUUUCACCCCGAUCUAA